UGAUGGCGGCGGUGAUGAAUUCGUACAAAUAACAAUCUUAGCAAAGGAGAAAUAGACACGAAUUUACACCUAAUAUUCAGGGUUAUUGCUUGGACGCAGAUUACAUAGUGUCAGAUCAUCCGAUUUUCUAAUCUAAGCAAAGAAGGGUCGGAGUCCAGGAUGACUAAUGAGGAGCCUCUUCCAAAGAAGGUUCGCCUUAGUGAAUCUGACCUGAAGACCCUGACCAGAGAGGAGCUGUGCGUGAGGUGGAAGCAACAUGAAGCCUAUGUCCAGGUCCUGGAGGCAAAAUAUAAUGAUUUGAAUUCUAACGAUGUGACCAGUCUGAAGGAGUCCGAAGAGAAGCUGAAGCAGCAGCAGCAGGAGUCGGCACGGAGGGAGAACAUUCUGGUCAUGAGGCUCGCUACGAAGGAACAGGAAAUGCAAGAGUGUACAACCCAGAUCCAGUACCUCAAGCAAGUCCAGCAACCCAGUGCUGCCCAACUGAGAUCGUCCAUGGUGGACCCAGCCAUCAACUUAUUUUUCCUUAAAAUGAAGGGCGAACUGGAACAGACUAAAGACAAACUGGAGCAAGCCCAAAAUGAACUGAGUGCCUGGAAGUUUACUCCUGAUAGCCAGACGGGCAAAAAGCUGAUGGCGAAAUGCCGGAUGUUGAUUCAGGAGAAUCAGGAGCUGGGGAGACAGCUGUCGCAGGGACGCAUUGCCCAGCUGGAGGCCGAGCUGGCUUUGCAGAAGAAAUACAGCGAGGAGCUGAAGAGCAGCCAGGAUGAGCUGAACGACUUCAUCAUCCAGCUGGACGAGGAGGUGGAGGGCAUGCAGAGCACCAUCCUGGUGCUGCAGCAGCAGCUGAGGGAGACGCGGCAGCAGCUGUCCCAGCAGUGCCAGCAGCAGCAGAGCUCCGCCCCCAGCGCGGGCACCAGCGCUGGCGCCGCCACCAGCGCUAGCACCAGCAGGACUUCCCCCACCGAGCCGCCGGGCCAGGCGGAGGCGGCUGGAAAAGACUGCGGGCGGGUGGCCAACGGACCGAGCAACGGCAACCCCUCCCAGAGGACGGCGGGCCCUAGCCUGUACAGGGAGGUCAGCAGCGCCGAGGAGGAUUUCGCCCCCUCCCCCGGCGCCGAGACCAAACUGUCCAACCACUCGGAGGAGCGCGCCGGCAGGGGGGGCGGCAGCGGCUACACGAACCAGCUAAGCGCAGGCUAUGAGAGCGUAGACUCACCCACUGGUAGCGAGACCUCUCUCACACAGCACUCGAACGACACAGACUCCAACAAUGACCCCCAGGAGGACAAGGCAGUCAGUGGCAGCAAGGGUUCUAGAACUGCGGGUUCACGCCAUACGCAGAAUGGCUUGGACUCGACCACAAGCGCACAUGGCUCAGUUUUGUAACUCUUUACACAUCAGCUUUUUUUAUACACGGAAAUUGAAAGGAAAAAAAAAAUGCAUAGUGUCAUUAAACUUUUGGCUGAGGAUUCUGUCCAGAAUUGUUGGGACUCAUUUUGUUUUUUUUUUGUUUUUUUUGCUUCUUGUGAUACCUCUGCCACAGUUGAUAUUUUUAAUUACGUUGCUAGAUAACAAACAAGAAACAGUGGAUUAAUGUAGAUUUUUUUUUUAUGAUUUAAUGAGACAUUUGAUGGUACUCAGGUGUCUUGCAGUUGAACACAUCUGGUUCUAUAAAACCCUUGAUUACCGUCUGAAUGCAUACCACAUACAAACCAUUUUGCAUCUGGUGUAAUACUGUAAUGCUCAAUAAAAUAAUGACACCACAGGUUUUCCCUAAUUUUUAAGUAGCAUUGCCAUGUUCAGGAUGUCAUUUAGUUUAUGGUGUUAACGUGUAGGUUUGUUUUAUGUUCCCAUUCUAGGCAAAAAUCUGUUUGACUUGUGUGUAGUUUCUUCAGAAUGUACCCUAUUAAAUUCAUAUUAUUCUGACUUCAAUCCUUUUCAUGUACUGACCAAAUAUCAAUAAAGAAUUUUAAUAUGACGACCGUCUUAUUUUUCCCAAUGUUUAAGUGUAGAUCAGGUGAUUGCAUAGCGUCACAUAACCUGUUGCCAUUUUUGCUGGUGUCAUCCAUAUUGUGCAGUUCAGUACUUGCCAAAGUAUUGGCAAAAUGGGUGAGAAAUUUAACUCGCUACUAAAAGGUAUAUAAUUUAGAACCGGUGGUCUUAAGAAAUAUCCACCUUUGCAACGAUAUUCUUUAAUGUUCUAUAUAUGAACCAUUUUUUGUAAC